UGGCCCAAGCAAAUCACACACAUUUUGCGAUGGAGACACAGCUAGGGAGAGAGAGAACUGUUUUUAUCUUGAGAUAGAGAAAGUCCUUAAUUAGACACGGAGCUACAUAGAGAAAGAAAGCUAAAUAGAAAGUGACAACAUUCAUCAAUACAGAGAAAAGUGAAGGGGAAGAGCCUCCUAAUUAGAGAGAGAGAGAGAGAGAGAGAAAGAGGGGCAUGAGGUUGUUCACAGCAAAGGCCAAGGGCAGCAGUGAAGGUUGGGGUAUGGGUUUCCUUCUAGUGCUCUUCCCAGAAGAUGAAACCAUUGAUAUCAAGAAGAAGAAGACCGAUCUCUUCUCUUCUUCUUCAACAACAUCAUCUUCAUCAUCAUCUUCUUCAUCUUCCAGUUCUUUCAAAUCAAUCAUCAACAGUACUCUUAGACGCACCCCUUCUAGCCUCCUCAUCUCCAGAGCCCAGUCCACCAUCUCCAUCUGUGCUCUCCUCAUCUUCAUCACCCUCCUUCUCUUCACUCUCUCCACCUUCGAACCCACCACAACCAUCACUCACUUCACUUCUCGCAGACAAUUGUCUUCAAAUCCCCCAUUUCUAUACAAACCCAACAAAAGGCUCUCACAAUCUCCAUCGUGGUACAACAUUUUCUCUCGCUAUUCACAUCACAAAUCUGAAAUUACAACAACCACAACUUCGCAUGCUUUGCAAGGAAUGGGCACUCUGUAUAGAAGAGGCACAAAGGCCAUGAAUGAUUUGAUUGUGGCUCAUGUUUUGGAGUCCGUGAAAUCACAAGAACUUCGAUUGUUUCUGAGACUCUUGCACAGGUCUGGUCUCACUUCGAGAUCAGACCUCGUCCUCAUCUUCCCCUCUCAAUCCCAUUCGGCUGAUUUCGAAACUGUAAUUCGAGAAGAGAACGAGUCAUUCUCCGAACUCGUUCAUCGAAAUCGGAAACGCAACGGUACUUCUAAGCACUCGGCGGCGAGUUUUGAUGUAACCCAGUUCGUGAAAUCGAGCAAGAAGGAGAAGGAAUGGGGAGAACCAAUCUGGGGUAGAAGAAUUCGAAGCAAUUUCAGCGAAAUCGGUGAGGCUGAGUCGACUCGGUUGAGUUAUGGGUCGGUGGUGAGUUUUGUGGUCGAUGAGCUUGACCCAGAAAACUCACUAGCUGGGUUUUUCGACCAUGUUUCAAUGAGUCUGAGAAGAUGGGCUUGUUACCCAAUGCUACUCGGUCGAGUUCGUAGAAAUUUCAAGCACAUGAUGCUAGUCGAUGUGAAAGAAGUGUUGAUAAUCGGUGACCCACUCGGCCGAGUCAGGACUCGGAGUCCCGAGUCAGUUCAUUUAUCAACUGAGUCCAUCACACCCAGCAACAACAAACAUGGAAAGAAAAACUCGGUCAAAACUCAGUCCCACUCGCAGAAACCGGUGAACUCGGCAGUGAUAAUGGGCGGAGCUCGGGGAGUUCGGCGGUUGGCAAACGCGAUGCUGACGGAGAUUGUCCGAUUCACAACUCAACAAAAGAGGAAGAACUUGGUGACCGAGUCAGGACUCUUUAACCAACUCGUUGGCAAUGAAUUCAUAUUGAAGAAUGUGAAUGUGAAUUUGUUCACAUCGGCCGAGUCAAUCCCUAAUGAGAGUUCACUCAUCCGGUUGAACUCAAGCCCAGGUUCCUCCUUGUCUUUAUCAAAUUAUACGAUGAUUCGGCGUGGUAAUAGCAAUAUAGAUAUAACUUCUACGAUUGAGAAGCUAGUGUGUUCGCUAGAGGUAGAUUCUUCUGUUUAUAGUGAUUGUUAGUAGGCCUAAUAAAUAAAUUAAAUUAUAGAGAACGUUGUAAUUAGAGAUUUUUACAAUUUUUUUUAUUUCAUGAUAUAUGUUCAUACCAUGUAUAAAAUUUAAUAAAACUUUGUGGUUUGGUGUUGAAA